CUUGCAUAAUAAUUAUACUAGUAAUACUAAUGAAGUUUGAUUAAAUUCUAAGAUUUUGUUUUACCAUUUUAAAGGUGUCAUACAAAAAUUUCAGGGUUUUAGUUAAAACUGACAGGAAAUUCCUUGUUUUGUGAACAACAUUCAUUGAAACUUAUUAAUGCCCUUUGUUUCAGAAAUUCAUUUUCUGAUUAUCUGUUUUCUGAUUGCUAUUGAAGUAUUUAUUGUAAAAAUUGAUUAGUUGUUGCACUUUUUAUAUGAGUAUUUAUUAAAGGGGGUUUAGAUUUUGGUACUUGUACUUUUCUUUUUUGCAUACUGUAUUAUUGUUGAUGUUUCUUACUUGACUGUUCACUAUUCCAACUGUCUGCUGCUUACUAUUGCAGGUUUUAGUACAGUUUCUUCUCUGAUGAUAUCUUUAGGGUCUUACCCAUUAGAUCAUCUUUUGUUACAACUUAUCAUCAUUCAUCCAACUAUAUUUAUGUCAUUUUCAUUCUAAUUUUUUUUUUUUUUGGAUGAAAAUCAAACCAAGUUUUUUUUAAACCCUUAUUUAUUACUCCCAAAAUUCCCAAAAAUCCCAAAAAAAGGAGAAUUUUUUUUUGAGACCCCACAAAACAAAAGUGGGCAAAGUUAGAUUCCCACUUAUGAUCAGCUUCUCUUCUUCCUUCCAAUUUUUGCUCUUCAGAUUUGGUUCUUUCCUUGUAGAAUCUUUGAUGAAGCUGACAUUUUGAUGUUUUUAGCAAUUCUCUUGUAUGAAAGCUUUUUAUCACUUUAAAAAAAUUUGCUAAAAAAACUCACUUUUUUUUGGGGGGGAGUUAAAAAUAUGGUUUCACAAGAAACACAAACAAACCCUACUUCAUCAAGUAGUUUACACCACUUUUCAAUCUCAAACCCAAUUUCUUCUCAACCCCAUUUUGAUAAAUAUGAGAACCCACAUUUUGAUGAUUCUUAUAAUUCUGAUAUUAUAAGGGUCAAUUCAAGUAACCCAUUUUCAGAUCAUCAAUCUCUUGGUAAUACCCAUUUUCCAACGAUUCAGUCUCUUGAAGAAAGAAUGUCAAGAUCAAUUAACCUUGUUCAUGAUCAUUCAUCAGUAGUAGUACACCCUGAUGAUCAUUCUGAUAUGGGUCAUACUAGGCAUCUCAUGGAUCUUCUUGGAGCUCCAAAUGAGGCCACCCAUGGCUCGAAUAGGCUUUCGCUUUCUCUCGGCUCUCAAGCGCUUCAUAGUCCUCAAUACAGGCAAAGAACCUUUAGUUCAGAGCUUAUGCAACAGGCUUACAGUAAUUUAGUUGGUUCUUCUGGUGAUCAAGAAAAUUGUAACCCAGGGGACUAUUCUUUCAUAGGAAGUACAUCUUUUACUGCAUUUUCUGUCAGUAAUUCUAUGUAUCUGAAGCCUGCACAGUCGAUGCUCGAAGAGGUAAUCGAUCUCGGGAGCAAAGACAUCGAAUUAAAAGAUGUAAAGAGGUUGUUUAUGUGUAGCAGAGGACUCUGCUCUGAAUUGAGAGCUGAAUUGAUGAGUAAUGGGUUUUUAUCAGCUGAUAAACAUGACCUCCAAAUCAAUUUUUCCAAGCUUAUUACUUUACUAGAACAGGUUGAAGGGAGAUAUGAUGAGUAUUUUCAAAGAAUGGAAGAUUUGAUUUCAUCAUUUGAGAUGAUUGCAGGAGACGGCGCUGCGAAAUGUUACACUGCAUUAGCCCUUCAGGCAAUGUCUAGGCAUUUUUGUAGCCUAAGAGAUGCCAUAGUAACCCAAAUUAAGGUUAUUAGGAAAAAAAUUUCACCUGAUUUACCGAAGAUUGGAAGUGGGUUAUCCCAUUUGAGUUUGCUUGAUCGAGAUGGUCGGAAUAGCAAUAGCAGGAUGUCUCUCCAACAGAUUGGGCUAAUACAAGGAACUCAUCGACAAGCAUGGCGGCCUAUUCGAGGACUCCCUGAGACCUCGGUGGCCAUUUUACGUGCUUGGCUCUUCGAGCAUUUCCUUCAUCCAUACCCAAAUGACUCAGAGAAGCUAACAUUGGCAUCACAAACUGGCCUUACAAAGAAUCAAGUUUCGAAUUGGUUUAUUAAUGCAAGGGUUAGAUUGUGGAAGCCAAUGAUUGAAGAAAUGUACAAAGAAGAAUUUGGGGACUCUUCAGUUGAUUCUUCAGGGGAAGGUCAGACUGAUAAAACAGAAGAUCAAUGAGUUGAUGAUGAUUUGUUAUUAUUGAACUUGAAAUUGGUUAGUUUUAUGCCAAGUAAAACCUUUUUUUGUAAAUGUAUGAAGUAGUACAUUAUUAGAUGCAUUAGUUUAGCUGAAAUUAGAGCAUAUUGAACUUCUUCAUGUGAUUCGAUCUAUUUUUGUACUAAUUUUCUAGUUUUGUAGUUAAUCUUAGAGUGAAUGAAGCUUGUAGUCCUGAAUUCAUUUCA